AUGGCUCGUCGCCGUGAAAACUAUCAUCAGUUUUCUUCAACCUCUUUUCCCCCUCCCUUCCUCUUAACCACCAUGGCUAAUUCAUCAUUGCUUCCAUUAAUCAUCCUCCUCCUUUCCUCCGCCAUAAUCGCCAAAAAAUCCCAACAUCCGCCUGCCCUUAGCCUCAACUACUACGCUAAAUCAUGCCCAAGGUUUCAUGAAAUCCUUCAAAACGUUGUCGUACCUAAACAAACAGUCACACCCACCACCGCCGCUGCCACCCUCCGUCUCUUCUUCCAUGAUUGCAUGGUGGGUGGCUGCGACGCCUCCGUUCUCAUCUCCUCCAACGCAUACAACAAAGCUGAAAGAGACAUGGAUAUCAACGAGUCGCUCGCUGGAGAUGGGUUUGACAUCGUAGCACGUGUAAAAACGGCUCUUGAGAUCGAAUGUCCCGGUGUCGUCUCCUGCUCCGAUAUCCUCGCCGUCGCCACCAGAGACCUGGUGAUUCAGGUCGGAGGUCCACAUUACGAAGUGAAAUUAGGCCGGAAAGACGGAUUAGAGUCCAAAGCAUCGAACGUCGAGGGUCGGCUUGGGAGAGCGAACAUGACGAUGGAUGACAUCAUUCGCAUAUUUGAAGGCCACGGUUACACCAUCAGAGAAUUGGUGGUGCUAAUGGGCGGCGGCCACACCAUUGGUUUCGCCCACUGUAAAGAAUUCGAAAGCCGUCUGUUCGGCCCUAAACCCGACCCGUCAGUCCACCCGAAAUUAGCAGAGAGAUUAAAAUCCAUGUGCGCAAACAGCUCCUCGGACCCGACGAUAUCGGCGUUCCUGGACCCGAUUUCCGCCGGAAACUUCGAUAACAUGAUUUUCAAGAACCUGCUAAACGGACUUGGGGUACUGGGUACGGAUCAAGCCAUGGCAUCCGACCCGAGAACACGACCUUUUGUUGAAGAGUACGCUAGGGAUCCGGUAGUAUUUUUCAGGGACUUCGCGAGAGCAAUGGAGAAGACGAGUGUUUACCAGGUGAAAACUGGAAAACAAGGAGAGGUUAGACGCAGGUGUGAUGCAUUCAAUAAUCUCCAAACGGGUAAAAGUAAAACUACGCAAAACAUUUAA